CGCCUCGCUCAGACCAUGAUCUUUGCAAUUGAGGAAAUCAACAGAAGCAACAGCUUGCUCCCAAAUAUUUCAGUUGGUUACAUGCUUUAUGACAACUGUCUUACAAGAAUGCUAUCUAUGAAAGCAGCCAUGGCUUUAAUGAAUGGUAUGGAAAUAAGAGCAAAUGGGUCUUGCUCAGGACAAGCAGUAGUGCAAGCCAUCAUAGGCGAAUCAGAGUCUUCUCCUACUAUAGCACUUACAAAAACUACAGGGCCUUUUCGGAUUCCGGUGGUAAGUCAUGCUGCCACAUGUGAAUGUUUGAGCAACAGAAAAGAGUACCCCUCUUUCUUUAGGACCAUAGCAAGUGACUAUUACCAGAGUAGAGCUUUAGUCUACCUGGUCAAGCACUUUGGCUGGUCUUGGGUGGGAGCUGUGAACAGUGAUAAUGACUAUGGCAACAAUGGAAUGGCCAUUUUUCUGAAUGCAGCCAAAGACGAGGGAAUAUGUGUUGAAUAUUCUGAAAAGUUUGACAGGGCAGAUACUGCUAAAAUCAUGAAAGUGGCAGAUAUUAUUAAGCAAGGGACAGCCAAAGUAAUAAUCAUAUUUCUUGCUCACUUCGAUAUGAAAAUUCUAAUACAUCACCUUGGCCUAAAAAAUGUCACUGGCUACCAGAUGAUUGGUGUUGAGGCAUGGAUUACUUCUGCCAAUCUAAUAAUACCAGGAAGCUUCGACAUACUGGCUGGAUCUAUUGGUUUUGCUAUCGGAAAAUUGAACCUUGGUGGUUUUGCUGACUAUGUUGCCAACGAAUUUUGGCAAACAGCAAUCCCUUGCUUACAGACUGAAGGAAACGAUUCUCAAACUGAAAGUAACUGCAGCAAAUAUAAAGAUAUUAUGCAAUUUAAAGACUACCAUGAAGAUAUAGCAGAACUGAGGUACGCAAAUAAUAUGUACAAUGCAGUUUAUGCUGUGGGACAUGCUCUACACAGUCUUCUGAAAUGCACAGAAAACCAAAGCUGUGAGAAAAACAAAAAGAUUCAACCAUGGCAGGUUGUUGAGUCUCUUAAAAAGGUGAAUUUUACCACCAAAUCAGGAGAUCAUGUUUUCUUUGACAGCACUGGGGCAACUGCUGCAAAGUAUGAUGUGGUGAACUGGCAACGUGGGUUGAAUGGAGAAGUGGAGUUUAAGGUUGUGGGCUAUUAUGAUGCCUCUCUGCCACAUGGACAACAGUUUGUCCUAAAUGCUGAAGAUAUAGUGUGGGCUGGAGAGAAAAAAGAGAAGCCAAGGUCUGUGUGCAGUGAAAGCUGUCCUCCAGGAACCAGGAAAGCUGCACAGAAAGGAAGGCCUGUCUGCUGUUAUGACUGUAUACCAUGUGCAGAGGGAGAGAUCAGUAACCAGACAGAUUCAAAUAACUGUGAGCAGUGUCCAGGAGAAUAUUGGUCUAAUGCUGAAAGAGAUAAAUGUGUGUUAAAGGUUAUAGAGUUUCUCUCAUUUACAGAGGUUAUGGGAAUAGUCUUGAUAGUCUUUUCAUUAGUUGGAGCCGCAUUAACUGUAUUAGUAGCUAUUUUAUUCCUAAUAGAAAGAGACACUCCUAUAGUUAGGGCCAAUAAUUCAGAGCUGAGCUUCCUGCUGCUCUUCUCACUGACUCUGUGUUUCCUCUGUUCACUUACUUUCAUUGGACGGCCAUCUCAGUGGUCCUGUAUGCUGCGCCACACAGCUUUUGGGAUCACAUUUGUACUCUGUAUCUCCUGUGUUCUGGGGAAAACAGUAGUGGUGUUAAUGGCCUUCAGAGCUACACUUCCAGGAAGCAAUGUCAUGAAAUAUUUUGGGCCUCUACAGCAGAGACUCAGUGUAGUUGCAUUCACUCUCAUACAGGUCCUUAUUUGUGUGCUUUGGUUAACAAUUUCUCCUCCUUUCCCCUACAUGAACAUGAACUACUACAAGGAAAAGAUCAUAUUAGAAUGUAACUUGGGCUCAGCUAUAGGUUUCUGGGCCGUGCUGGGUUAUAUUGGAGUUCUGGCUUUCUUAUGCUUUGUUUUGGCUUUUCUAGCUAGAAAGCUGCCAGAUAAUUUUAAUGAAGCAAAAUUCAUCACAUUCAGUAUACUCAUAUUCUGUGCAGUGUGGAUCACCUUUAUUCCAGCUUAUGUCAGCUCUCCUGGAAAAUUCACUGUAGCUGUGGAGAUCUUUGCCAUUUUGGCCUCCAGUUUUGCUCUGCUGUUCUGUAUAUUUACUCCUAAAUGUUAUAUUAUUCUGUUUAAACCUGAACUAAACACCAAGAAAAAUAUGAUGGGCAAAAUGGCUUCUAAAUCCCUUUAA